UUCAUCCCUUCUUCAAAUUCUCACUCCCAUAUCAAAAUUCACAAUAAAAUCCCAACCUACACUUACACACUAAUACUCCAUAACUUCUCUAUUUACAAAACUAACAUCCUCCUUAAUCCGUUUAACAAAUUACCACCCUAAACAUCGAAAUCCACAACAAAAUCCAAACACACAUUACAUGCUUAUCAAAUUCCGAAUGUUUUGACCACGAUGCACCUUAAAAAAAAAAGCCUGAGCGGUAAUUAUAUAAAUAGCAAAAAUCAGAGCGUCAACACGUGUAAUUAUCCCUUUUGAAACCGAAAUUUCUGCAUCAAUGAUCAAUUAAAGAAUGGGAACAGAUUACGGUUAGGUCAUCUCCAUUAUUCCAGCCUACGAACUGCCCCCGCAUUAGCUAUAACAUUUAGGCCUCAAUCAACACUGCGCCUUAAAACUCAUUCAAAUGAACACCCCAACCGCACUCAUUUCUCUCCCCACUAAUCCGCCCAGCGCCUAAUUCUCUCCAGUUUUUUUCUAUAUUCUUUCAUAAGCGGUUUCUGCAAUGAACCACACUGUUGGUGCUCAGCUAACCAUCUUCUACAAUGGAUUAGUUUUCUCCUACGAUGGAAUUACUCCGAAGCAGGCGCAGGCCAUCAUACUUAUGGCAGCCGCAGGUGCGUCUGGUAAGGAAGGAGUUUCACCUGCUCUGAGGAGGCCGCAGCUCCUACAGCUGAUGCCUACAGCGGCUGAAUCUUUACAGUCGGCUCAGCUUCCCACCAAACCUAAUUUCAUCUCCGCGCUGCCGGAUGGUGGACAAGGAUGUCUGAGAAGGCCUCCGAUAAGGCAGGUUUUAAGAGAGGUCCCAUUAGGCCGAGAGCACUUGCCUCCAUUAGGGCGACUGUGCUCGCUCCCAUUAGCACGAGCCAACUCAAUCAAGCGGUUUCUGGAGGCGCGCCAGAAAAGGCUCAAGAGCAAAGCUGCUUCUGAUUCAGAGAGGAAAGUUGAUGACGUGAAGGCUAAUUUGGAUGCAAAGCAAGAAGAGUGGCUUUCUCUGAGGUAGCUGAAUAGAAGACUGGUUCAGUAGAUGUCAAAUUUCUCCAUCAUAAUCAUAGAGAAUUGAAGCUACCAACUUUCUCUCGACAGAAACUUGUUCUUGAUUAAUAAUAGGCAUAGUGAAUUGACAUGUCUUCUAUUUUUAAUGAUAGAUUAUGUGACUACAUCACAUUAUU